AUGUCGCAUCACAGAUCGAGGUCCUCAUCGACCCAUUCUGAGGGUGAGAUCGUCGAACCAGGACCAGAGAUGAAGGCAACUGCGUCAAAACCUCCUUCUAAAGGCACCAGCAUUGACCGUCCCACCAGAGAUAGUCCACCCUCUGCGCCCUUGUCUCCCCCAUCACUGGAUGGCGCUAGUUCGCCACGCCGCCGGAGGUCGCCCAGGCCCCGCUCUCGCUCGCCAUAUCGGGAUAACAGAAGCUCUAAGCGUCGACGUGACGAUGAUUACGAAUACGAGAGAUACGAGAGCCGACACCCCCGCCCCGAACUUUCGCGAAACUACGGGCCCAGAUACGACGACAGGAACAGAGUUCGAUCUCCCGACCGCCGGCCGAAGUACUACUAUGACUAUGACCGCGAUGAUAGUCAUGGCGGGGGUUUGCGAUACAGUGAUGACUACGAUCGACGCCAGGACAAGCGGCCGCGCACCCGCAGCCGAUCCCCAUACCGUGAAUCGAGAAAGGCCAAGAAGUACUCAGGCGACGAGCUUGAUCAGAAGGUAGAUGGUGUUGUGCCUUCAGCGGACUCCGGAAGACACAGACCCACUGAACAGGUAUUGAGCGAGCGAGGAAAGGCAUCUGUCGCCCGGGAUUUCAAGCUUGGUGCUGAAACACGAGAGAAUCAGGAGCAGGCUUCUAAGUUCCAGGCCUCCGUGGCUGAUGAAGAGCACCCUAACCCCGAAACUGUGGAUUCGCAGCAAGCUGAGCCAGUCGACGAAGCCGCUGAGCUUGAAGCUCGCCGUAAACGUCGUGAGGCCAUUCGGGCCAAAUACCGAAGCCAAGCCACUCCUCUCCAUCUCAGAGCAGUGGAAAACAUUGGUGAGGGUGAGACUGAUACAUCUACGCCUGGCACUGAGCCGACUAGUGCAAAGGAAACGUCGGAUUCCCCUUCAAGAACUCCACUGGAACAGCAGGUCGAUCUACCCGAUUUCAGCCUCGGAAACGACGUUGAUUUGGCCAAUUCCAAGGCUCCUGUCAACGGUGCUGAUGAAGAUGAGCCUUCUGCUGCUGAUUAUGACCCUACCCUUGACAUGAAAGAAGAGAGAGAGAAGCACAGCAACGUACAGAUCAACAAGGACGACGUCUCAUCUGCAGCAUAUGAUGAAACUCAAACGGCCAAGCAGGAUGUCCUCAUCCCUGAUUCGAAAGACGAUGCAUACGACAUGUUCGGAGACGACGAUGACAUGUUCGCCGAAGACGCCCCGCCAGCACAUGCCUCAGCCAUGUCCGCUGUUCCUCAAGGCAAAGAACUGGAUGUUAGCAUGAUGGAUAACUGGGACGACUCGGAAGGCUACUACAACGUCCGACUUGGAGAGCUGAUUAACGGAAGAUAUCACGUCACUCAAAACCUAGGCAAAGGAAUGUUCUCAGCCGUCGUACGCGCAACCGACACUAAGACUGGGAAUCUGGUCGCCGUCAAGAUCAUCCGUCAGAACGAGACCAUGCGCAAAGCCGGUAUGAAGGAGAUUGACAUCCUGGAACAGCUGACGGCGGCCGACCCGGAACACAAGAAGCAUAUCAUCAAGUUUGAGCGACAUUUUGAGCACAAGGGCCAUUUGUGCAUGGUUUUUGAGAACCUUAGCAUGGACCUACGUGAGAUCCUGAAAAAGUUUGGCCGAGAUGUCGGUCUCAACUUGCGAGCGAUCCGGGCCUACGCGCAACAGAUCUUCCUCGGACUGAGUCUCCUCCGCAAGUGUAACAUACUGCAUGCUGACCUCAAGCCGGAUAACCUUCUUGUGAAUGAGCAACGCAACAUUCUGAAGGUUUGCGACCUGGGAUCGGCGUCUCCGGCCUCUGAAAAUGAGAUCACGCCUUACCUCGUCAGUCGGUUCUACCGUGCCCCAGAGAUCAUCCUAGGCAUCCCUUACGACUUCGCCAUUGAUGUGUGGUCUAUCGGCUGUACACUCUUUGAACUGUACACGGGCAAGAUUCUGUUUACCGGUCGAAAUAACAACCAGAUGCUUCGCUCGAUCAUGGAAUGCCGAGGCAAAUACCCACCGAAGCUUCUACGCCGCGGGACCCUGGCGCCCCAGCAUUUCGACGAUAUGCUCAAUUUCCACAGUGUGGAAGAGGACAAGAUCACCGGGCGGCUGGUUACAAAGAUGGUGGACUUUAAGAAACCCACGCGUGACCUGAAGACCCGACUGAUGAGCCAGGGAACGCGCGGAAUGUCCGACAUGGACGCCAAAGAUCUGACGCUGUUCGUGGACUUCCUCGACCGCUGCUUGAGUCUGAAUCCCGAGAAACGAAUCACGCCCGCGGAUGCACUGAAGCACCCGUUCCUGACGCGCAAGGUGUAA